AGACUGGGUUAAGCCGCAUUCCAACUUUCGGUUCGAGAAUCCCGCAUGCCGAGUCGAAACCCGUCAUCGUAUCCGCCACUGGCACCAUCAGCACUGACAGCGAAAUCACAGCCAAGAACAUAGGCAACCGCGUACGCGUUGGCGAUAAAGAAGGAAUCCUCCGUUUCGUCGGCGAAGUUAAGUUUUCGAAGGGAGUGUGGUGCGGAAUCGAACUAAGCACAUCGGCCGGUAAGAACGAUGGCUUUGUCAACGGCAUUCGCUACUUCGCUUGUCCGGAUCGCCGCGGGUUGAUGGCGCCACUCGCUAAAGUUUCGCUCGUCAACAGCAACUGUGAAAGUAUUGAAAAUGCUUCAGGACCGUAUUCUAUGCUUUUAUUAAUCCGCGUCAAGGAAGAAAUAACGAACUCGAACGAGCUGUUAGUCAUGAAGAACUAGUACAUGACAGAAUUUCAAAAAAGAGAGAUACGUUCACUCUUUCAAGGCAUGAAGCUGCUAAAAAACUACAUCAAAACCUAAAUAAUACUGCUAUCAUUGAUAAAAAAUGUCUGCAACAAAGAACAAAUUUAAUUAUUCCGAAAUCCAUAGAAAUUAAUAAAAAGAGAUCUAAUGAUACGAUCGAUUUAACUAAAGUAGAAUCUGCCGCUUUAGAAUCAGAAAACAAAAACUCCCGAAAAAACGAGGACAUUCCCAAGUACUUCCCGAUAGACAAAGCUUGCGAAAAUCUGUUAAAAGACUCUAGUUCAGAAGUUAAGAGACGCAGAACUUCAAAUCCAAAGAUUCAAAAGCUCGAUGCGCUAGUUUUAAGAAGUCUUAACGAAAAUAUCGACAAACCUUCGUCACUGCCUCAACUUAAAUGUAGUAGAAGCUCGUUAGAUGCCUUCAGUAUAGGAGUAUUUAACACAUCGACUCCGGAACAAAGCGAUGCCGAUAGUACGUUAAAAAUUUUACGAUUAUCCGGUGGAAAACAGGAUCUCAAUACUACCGCGAAUUUCGAAGACGAUAGUAGUAAAAGAGAUUCUUUAGAGUUUGAUGAAUCAUUAGGAAUACUCACUCCUGAUGAAAUGUGUUCUCAGUUUUUAAAUUCUCAAAUACGUUCACCGAGUUUAGAAGAAUACGACAAAAAUAUUAACGAUUAUUUCUCUAGUACAAAUAGUAAUAAAAAACUCGACAUUGAUAGUCCUAGAGAUGAUAGUUUAGGUCUAAUAGACGAAAAAUUAAUAAAUUUAAGUAUGAAUAAGACGAAACCAUUGAAUUUAGAUGUUCCACAAAUUAAAGAUAAUAAAGAAGACGUACAGAGUCCAAAUCUAACCGAUUAUAGUCUUGGGAUUAUAGAUGAACAAGUAUUUGGGAAUCUUACAAUGAAAACAAAUACAGUUAACAUGGAACUACCAUUAGACGUAGAAAAAUCGACUUUAAAUCGUUUGGAACAAACUCCCUCUCCAGAAGAGUUACCCUUGGAUCCAACAAAUUUAACUGAUUACAGUCUUGGCAUUAUAGAUGAACACGCCCUUUCAAAUUUAACAAUGAAAACAGAUACUACUGUUAACAUGGAGCUACCGUUGGAUGCUGAAAAAUCAGCUUUGACUCGUAUGGAACAAACUCCAUCUCCAGAAGAAUUACCUUUGGAUCCAACUCCUAUAGUAGAGUGUGAUCCGAAAACAGAACCUAGUAAAUCAAAAACUUCGAAUAGCUUCAUCAAUAGUAUUACCAGCAUUACUAGUUUAGAUACAGGGUAUCAAGGAGAUGGUGAGAUGUCCAGACCGGCAAGUAGAGGCGCUGACAAUUCUCCAUUAACGAGAAGACCAUUGCCUCGACCACAAUGUAGAAGAGUUGAUCCCAUGACAGAUUCAGAUUUUUAUACAGAAAGUGAUGCUGAUAACCACGAGGAAAAUCAUUUAAGAGGCGAUCGAAGAGUCCAAAUUAUCGACGGCACCCUCUACGGCAUCGAUCCACAAGCUGCUGCAGACAUUUAUGUUAAUAAUCGAGAAAAUAUGGACUCUAGUGGUAUUUUUACGGAUAUAGAAACAAACACUAGAAAUGAAGAUGACUUUAUUCGCAUGGAAGUACCUGACGUGUCGCCAUCAGAUACGAGUUCCAAAACAAUAUCCGAAAACAGCCAAGACAACCUUCAACAAAUCAUUGAAAAGUCGGCCGAAAAGAAGGCGGAACAAGCACUUUCCAAAGAGAACCCAAAGAAAAGAAAUGCCCCUAGUCCAGGCAUAUCUAGUCCUUCUAGUUUUUCCUCUCCAAGACACGGUGCUAAAGAUGAUAAUGCUGCUAAGAAGUAUAAAAUGCCAAAGAGGGAGGUAGUAUCCAAAGUUAAAGCUAUGAUUGAUCCUCCUAACGAGCAAAAUAAUGAAAAGAAAACUAUUAAGAAGCCUGCCGGUAGAUGGGACGCGGUUAUGAGUAAAAUAAGUAAAAACGAACAGAAUAAAACUAAUUUAAAGGAAGUGAAAUCUAAAGUGUUUAAUGCGGUCAAUAAUAAUACGGUGGCUCCUCAGAGAAAAGCGGUUACAAGGAGUCCAGGGAGUCAGAAAAAUCAAAAUAGUAAACUUACUGCUUCUUCUUCUGCUACAACACGCUUGGAAUUAACAGAUAACAAAACAAAAAUUUCCCCUCGGCUGCAGUCCAGGUUGAUGAAUACAACGAAGUCUAAAACAACGUUAACUGGGAGGAUAAUUCCAACGAAAUCUUCAAUCGGACCACAAUUUACACGAAGCACUUCUGCUGCAGCUUUACAAAAUGGUCAAAAAAGUACUGCUAGAAAGCUCAAUGGCGAUUCCAGUGUGUCUCCAGUCGCAUUGAAAAGUUCAAGAAUAUCGACUGCAGUCAAUGUGGUAGAGAGACGUAGGAUUCGCAACAGGCCCAACAGUGGUCCUUCUCCAAAAACAAUUGCUGGAAUCAAUUUGGAGAGUAGUAAUCCACAGUUCGUUAAGCGACGUUAGUGCUGCCACCUUACCACCAACGAACAAAUCCAUUGG